UCUUACUACAUUCAGUUGCCAUUGUAUUGGAUUUUGAUAUAUCAACUGUUUUAACAGAAACCUUAAGAAGAAACAAACUUGUUAUACAUAUAAAUAUAAUAUAUAAGUAGAAUCAGAGAUCAUAAUUGAGGCCAUCAGCAGAUAUGGCAAGUGCUUCUCUUCUUUUCAUUCUCAAAAUGCUAAUCAUCUUACUAUUUGCUGGUUGGGUUUCUCUAUGGAUUCUUAAACCCACACAGCUUUGGACAAGGAAAUGGAAACAAGCUGAACAAAGAGCUGCAAAAACUUUCUUUUCCUAUAAUGGACUUGAUUUUGUCGUCUACGCUUUACCCGUCAUUGCUCUUGCCGUGAUUGUAUCCAUCUACACGGAAUUGACUAGCAGAUCAAACUCACGAAAGCCGAGGAGCUCAUUUUCAGCUGUGUCUAAUACCAUCAUUGUCAAUCGGUUAACGGGAAUUCUGUCGGUUGCAGAAGCAGUCUCGGUUUGCCUCUUUGUUGCGCUUCUCACUUGGAUUUUCUACCGUCGAUUCUCAAGUGACUUGGUUGGGAAAGGGAUGAUGAUGCCGGUCAAAUCAUUGAAGCUGAAUGGGUGGCAGUUCAAGUUUUCAAGGGCUGCAACCAGAUGCGGUUUGUUAGCCGAAGCCUGCCUCGCCCUCCUCUUUUUGCCCGUCUUGAGGAUCUUGUCUGUGUUUAGAUAUAUCGGGGUUCAGUUUGAAUCUUCGGUCAAAUACCAUGUCUGGCUUGGAACCGCGAUGAUAUUCUUUGCUACGGUCCACGGCACAUGCACGUGGUUCAUAUGGGGUAUCAACCACCUUGAUGAGAUGUGGAGAUGGCAAAGGACGGGUCGCAUUUAUCUAGCUGGGGAGAUUGGUCUUGUUACAGGACUGGUAAUUUGGAUAACAUCGCUUCCAUGGAUUAGGAGAAAAAAGUUCGAGGUUUUCUACUACACGCACCAUUUGUAUGUCGUUUUUGUUGUCUUUUUCUUGUUUCACGCCGGCGACAGGAGGUUCUACACGGUUCUCCCUGUUAUCUUCCUCUACGGAAUUGACAAGCUAGUUCGGAUAGUGCAGUCAAGGUCAGAGUCGACGUGCGUUCUCUCUGCACGAGUCUUCCCUUGUAAAGCUGUAGAGCUCACCUUGCCCAAAGACCCGAGAUUGAAGUACAACCCAACAAGCAUCGUCUUCAUGAAAAUACCGAGCAUAUCGAGAUUUCAAUGGCAUUGUUUCAGCCUUUCAUCGAGCUCUAUGGUCGAGGAGCACACAAUGUCUAUUAUAAUCAAAGCCGAAGGGUGGUGGACGGGCUCUUUGUACGAAAAAAUACAAGCCGAAUUGGGAGGCUCCAAGGCUGGUCCUAUUCCGGUCGCAAUCGAAGGCCCUUAUGGACCUGCCUCACUCAACAUACUAAGAUAUGAGAGUCUGCUUCUGGUUGCCGGAGGAAGUGGGAUAACACCAUUUCUGUCCAUCUUGCAAGAAAUAGUAUAUGCUGAUCAAAACAAACGAGGUAAUAGAUUACCCGCAGAAGCAGAGCUCAUUUAUGUGACAAAAAAUUCUCAAGAUGUGAGCUUGUUGCAGCCCCUUUUUCGCCAACUUGCGAAGAAGUCGACUAGUCAGCUCCGCCUUAGGGUGCGUUUGUUUGUGACGCAAGAGCGUCGAAACAAUCUAACUUUGAGGCAGCUGACAAACGAGAUCUCUCGAACAGAGCUCGUUCGUUUCGAAACGAAACAAUCCGACCGUCCGAUUGGCGGGGUUGAGAAUUCGGGUUCAAUGGCCGUGAUCGUUUGGUGUUGUUCUGUGGUCUUCCUUUUUCUAACUUGCGUAUUCAAUGUGGUCUUCGUUCAACCUGCCAUGAAAGGAAAGGAUAAGAAGAAAAAGAUCCCGUCAACUGUAACCGAUUCGUUCCUUUUAUGUUCGUUUGUGGCUGCACUCGGGUGUGGAAUAAUGGUGGCGAUUCUGUUGAGAUUGAGGAGGGUGAAGAAAGAUGACGACGAAAAAGAAAAACUGUCAAGCUCAGACGAAAUGGAUGAAAUGGACGAAAACGCCCUUGAGGAGAAUUGUGAAAUCAACUUCACAGGAAGGCCCUGCUUCAAAGAUAUAUUCUCCGAGCUCACAAAAGAUAGAAGAAGCUCGGAAAUAGGAGUUUUGGUCUGUGGUCCAGAGACAAUGAAGGAAUCAGUCGCUUCUUCGCUGCCCAAACUGAACAGGGCGCUUCCCGGGCAGCCGCGUUUCGAUUUCCAUUCCCUGACCUUUACACUUUAGCUAGAUUCCGACAAAAUGCAGGAAUUUCAAGAAGUUUAAGGUAUCAUUUAUGUUUUAGAUAAUCCAAAAUCAAAAUGGAUGUUGUCUAUCUAAAAUCCAAAUCUGCACAUCCCUUUCAA